AUGGCUGCAUUAGGCCUAGUUGAUGAAUUAAAAGAAUCAAGAUUGCCUAGAGAUGAUGAUGACCAUGGCACUCACACUCGCUUCUACGGCAAUCGAAUCGUUGGUUGUAGAUGUAAGCCUAUUUGGAUAUACGAGUUGGAACAACACGUUCGUUUCGUUGCUCGUGCCAAGGUGGCUAUCUAUAAAGUGUCUUGGAAUUGUGGUUAUUUUAGUUUCGAUAUUUUAGUUGUCAUGGAUAAGGCUAUUGAUGAUGGUGUUAAUGUUCUUUCCAUGUCAUUUAGUGGAAGCACGUUUGAUUAUUAUAGAGACAAUGUUGCAAUUAGAGCUUUUACUACCAUUAAGAAGGGAAUAGUAGUCUCUUGUUUUGCUAGGAAGGCAAAUGAUCAUCUCAUGGCUAUCGAGAAUGAAUCAAAUCGGAUGAUUCUAUUUUUCAAUCUUUCUAACUUGCUCCUAUGGAACCAAGAGGUCGAAAAGAUUGAGAAAAAUUAG